GAUUAAAAAAGAAACUUGAGCUGAGCAACAGUUCAACUUUCAAACGCUUGGUAGCAGAAGCAAUGCACGCUGUGCGUCUCCCUGCAUGUGUGUGUUUAACAGUAGGUAAUGUAUUGUUUCAGAGUGUGAGUGUGUGUGCAGGUGUGUGUGUGUGUGUGGGGUCCCUCCUCCUCCUCCUCCUCCUCCUCCUCCUCUAUAUAAACAGAGGAGCAGCAGGAGCUUCAGUCCUCUGAGCAGCAGACAAUCCAAGAGUGUGUGUGCAGCGCUCCCUGUCUCACCCCGUCACCAGCUCUCGCUGACGAUGGAGGACUUCAGUCUUCCCUCCUGGAUUUACUUGUGUGUGGUGGCCCUGAUGGUGGGCGGGCUGGUGAAGAAGGUGGUGGCGUCCCACCUGAGCGCCGUCUCCUCGGUGAUGGCGUGGCUGAGCGCCACCGUGCUGGCCCAGCGCCUCCCCGUCGCGCUGCUGCUGGGACUCACCUGUGGCAUCUGCUGGCUGGCGUGGCGCCGCCUGCGCCACGCUCCCAUGACGGCCCACGGCAAAGCGGUCGUCAUCACAGGAUGCGACACAGGUUUCGGGCACGCCACAGCAAAGCGCCUGGACGCCCUGGGCUUCGAGGUGUUCGCCACCGUGCUGGAUCUGGCAGGAGAGGGCGCCAGAGAGCUGCAGAGGACCUGCUCGUCGCGACUCACCGUCCUGCAGGUGGACAUCACGCAGCCUCCGCAGGUGCACAAGGCUCUGCUGGCGAUCAGGACCAGGCUCGGCCCGAAAGGUCUUUGGGGUUUGGUGAACAACGCAGGUGUGUGUGUGAAUUUCGGGGACACAGAGCUCUCACUGACCUCCAACUUCCGUGGCUGCAUGGAGGUCAACUUCUUCGGAACGUUGGAAGUGACAAAAACCUUCCUGCCGCUUCUGAGACAGGCCAAAGGUCGACUUGUCACUAUCUCCAGCCCUGCAGGUGACCUGCCGUUCCCGUGCCUGGCGGCCUACGGGGCGUCCAAGGCUGCGCUCAACCUGCUGGUGAGCACACUGCGACACGAGCUGCAGCCCUGGGGCGUCGCCGUGUCCACCGUCCUGCCGUCGUCCUUCAAGACAGGUCAGUCCAGUAACUACGCCUACUGGGAGGAGCAGCACAAACAGCUGCUGCGCGCUCUGUCGCCGGCGCUGCUCGCCGACUACGGCGAGGACUAUGUGGACGAGAGCCGGGAGCUGUUCCAGAGCUACGCCCAGACGGCCAACCCGGACCUCAACCCGGUGGUGGACACCAUCGUGGAGGCGCUGCUGUCGGCCAGGCCGCGGCCGUGCUACUUCGCCGGCCCCGGCGUGGGCCUCAUGUACUUCAUCCACAGCUACUGUCCCUUCAGCGUCAGCAACCUCUUCCUCCAGAAACAGUUCCUGAAGAAGACGCUGGCGCCGCGGGCGCUGAGGAAGCCGACGCACUUGGAUCUCAGCCUGCACAACAACAACAACAACAACAACGAGGAGGAGGAGAAGGUGAAGUUGACCUGAGGCUGAACCCAGAGCUCCACCCCCCUUCGCCCCGGCCGCCGCCACCACUUGUCUGUAGUCAGCUGAACAAACGAAGGGACUCGCGGGGACACUGAAGCACCUUCCUUGGCUCUGAACAUGUGACCCGCCGGGUCCAGUCUUGCUACAACAGAGCCCGCUCCACCACGGCAGCGCCACGUGAUGAUGUCACUGACUCUCUGCUGCCACCUGUCUAUAUGAAAACACCACAACACUCCUCAUGCACUUCGUCUCUACUCAAAUGACAUAAACAGUAAUGCUAGCGAUCCUUAGCGCCAUACUAGCCUCAGUCAACUCUCUAUUGAUCUGCUACUCCUCAGUCGCUGACUCUCACUGUCGUCUGUCGCCGAACCUUUGUUUGAUUGUAGCUUUAGCGACUCCCAGCGCUAGCAUUGUUGUUAUUAGGGCGCUAUGCUAACAAGGGUUACCCCAGGUCGCCUGAGCAACAUCAUGAAACCUCCUAGUGCUCAGUAGGGGGUGCUCUGGUUUGAAAGAUGAUGUUUUUAGAGCGCCGACAAGAAGUCCAUCACCAUCUGUAGCGUGUCCCAGGUCUGCCCUGGGCCUCCACCCAGAGGAACAAACCCGAAGUACCUCACGAGGGAGGUGUUCUCCGAGUCUCUCCUGCAUGAGUGGUGACCACAGGCGAGAGGAGAGCUUUGCCUUCUAGCUCUUUCUCCACCAGUCCUCAUCUCCAUCCUUCCUUCACUCGUGAACAGGACCUGGAUACUUGAACUCCUCCACCUGGGAAGCUCUCGCAUCACACCUGGACAAAAACAUUCCACUGAGAACCAUGGUCUCAGAUUUCAGUCUGGGUCUGCGAGAGCAUUAAAGUCGGCGACACCGUCAGGCGCCUCGCUCCCAUGCUUCACUUCAGUCGACGACAAUCGCGGCGGCGCUUAUAUGCUGCGCUGCAGCUUCCUCGGCACCUUUCACCGCUGUUUCUUUCGAAUGUAAGACAGAAGAUGUAGCAGAUACUUGAGCUCCGUCCAACUAUUUGUGUUCUCUUACUGUGCUUUUGUAUUUUAAACAAAGUUAAAACACCAAGUGAAAAAUGAUUUGAUAGAAAUAAAGAAAACAUUGUGCAGCAA